AUCCAGGGGGCAGGUCUUUUAACUGGGGUUAGGCUGAGUCUCGGAAUACAGUACUGUAUAAGUUUCUGCUUGCUGCUCGCUGACAGGAGACGGAAUGUGAACUAGGAUAACGCAUUAGCUAGGUUGUGCAAGGUACUGUCACAGUAAAGUCGCGUUUGUUCCUUUUAAUAACUUAUUUUAUUUUUUUUGCAAAUUGCUUUGUGAUUUUUGUAGCUAUAAAAACUGAGACAAGAAAGCCCAGGCUGGUGUGUACUAUUUACGCUGGGUUUUUUUUUUUUUACACGCAGAGCUGACAGAGAAGCUGGCGUCUCUCUCCUGUCCAGUUAUUAAAAGGACCAGAGAGUGAAAGGAAAACUGUCAAGAUGGCAGCGGCGAGAGGAAUAUGAAUUUGCGGACAUUAAUCGUUUCUUCUGUAGCGAGCUAGCUGAAGUUUCUGCUGCAGCUGUUAUUGUUCUUGGUUUGUUUAUGUUUUUUUAUUUUUAUUAUUAUUAUUAUUCCUCGAAGUUAUUUUGAAAAGCUGAUCAGCCAACAGGAAUAUUCCGACGGAGGGGUAGGCUACUGGAGGUGGACGUACAUGUUUUUAUAAUUUACAACGUCAGUGCAGUUUUCUUCUGAUUUUUCAGGUAGCCUACUCUCAAUAUUUGUAGCGUCUUAGCAAGCUUACUCGCAUUGCAUCACAGCACCGUUGGAUCUACGCACGCACCGAACUUAAUUCACGCUUUUGCUUUCAAAGCCUUUGAUUCGGCGUUCGAUUUGUGAAUAACCUGUUAAUAUAGAUCAGCAUCAAACAAGGUAAACAAACAACCAAAAAUAUUUAGUGAUGUAUCCGUAUACAAGUUACCUUCUAUAACGAUAGCUAACUAGUUAGCUAGGUAGCUAGAGAUCAUUUGGUGAGGACAUGGUGUUGAAGAGAGGCUACAUGUUACUGGAAUACAAGCAGCUAAUGGAAAUUGUUUUAUUAUAGCUGCAAAGCUCGUUGUGAAGAAGAAGAAAAAUAUAGCCUAUAACACAGACUAAAGCGUUUAGCCUAAUUUAGGCUGCAACACAUUGCGUCGUGUGAAUCUCUUUUGGGAGCAUUGGACUGGGUACCAACUUAGGCUAAAACCAAUUGAGACGCAUUGAUGGAAUGCGACUUUGACAGGUAUUCGCUACUUGUUUGUUGACUGAUUGGUGUGUAGCAGGGACGAAUACCGAGCGUAGAGAUGGCAGAGGUACUAUCGCCAGACCCGCUGUCUCAAUUAGACGUCGAAAUUGAUCCAGAGUUUGAACCACAAAAAAGACCGAGAUCGUGCACCUGGCCUUUACCCCGACCCGAGUCCAGCGGGGGAAAACCCGAACCCAGCGACGCGGACAUUAUCCCCGAGGAAGAGGACGAUGAAGAAGAAACGGCCGGUUCGAUGACCAUCAACGCCAGCGGCGCACUAAGCAACACCAGCAUCGCGGGGGAAGACCAAAACAGUCCAAACGGCAUAGCCUCGGACAUACAUGCAUCGUCCCUCGGCCAGGACAGCGCGGGUUCCCCGCUCUCCACCCAGUCCCCAGCCACCACUGGCAGCGGCGCGAGCAGCAAUGGCCUGGGCUCCCAGCAGCCGAGGAAGUCCUCCUCGCGCAGGAACGCUUGGGGGAACCUCUCGUACGCAGACCUUAUAACCAAAGCCAUACAGAGCACGCCCGAUAAAAGACUGACCUUGUCCCAAAUCUACGACUGGAUGGUCAGAUGUGUACCUUACUUCAAGGACAAAGGAGACAGCAACAGCUCCGCUGGGUGGAAGAACUCCAUCCGGCACAACCUCUCCCUGCACAGCCGGUUCAUCCGAGUCCAGAACGAGGGAACGGGAAAGAGCUCCUGGUGGAUGAUCAACCCCGACGGCGGGAAAGGCGGGAAGGCUCCGCGGCGACGGGCCGUCUCCAUGGACAACAGCAACAAGUACGCCAAGAGCCGUGGCCGGGCGGCCAAGAAGAAGGCCGCCCUGCAGGCCGCCCAGGAGGGGGGCGCCGAGAGCCCGUCGGGCCUGUCCAAGUGGCCCGGCAGCCCCACGUCGCGGAGCAGCGACGAGCUGGACGCCUGGACCGACUUCCGCUCGCGCACCAACUCCAACGCCAGCACCGUCAGCGGCCGCCUCUCGCCCAUCCUGGCCAACCCCGAGCUGGACGAGGUGCCCGACGACGAGCCGCCCCUCUCCCCCAUGCUCUACUCCAGCCCCAACAGCCUGUCCCCCGCGGGGGGCAAGCCCUGUCCCGCCGAGCUGCCCCGCCUGGCCGACCUGGCCGGCACCAUGAACCUCAACGACGGGCUCUCCGAGAACCUCAUGGACGACCUCCUCAACAACAUCAACCUGACCACGUCCCAGCAGCCCUCCCCCGGAGGAGGGAGCGGGGCGGGGGUUGCGCCCGGGGCCCCGGGGGCCGGGGGCCCCAUGCAGCGGAGCUCCAGCUUCACUUUCGGAUCCAAGGCCGGGGGGCUGGGCUCCCCUUCAGGCAGCUACAGCAACUCCAUUUUUGGGCCGCCCUCGCUGACGGGCAUGCGCCAGUCGCCCAUGCAGACCAUCCAGGAGAACAAGGCGGCCACCUUCUCCUGCAUCUCCCACUUCGGCAACCAGACCCUGCAGGACCUGCUCAACUCGGAGGCGCCCAGCCACGCCGACGUCAUGAUGACGCAGUCGGACCCGCUCAUGUCCCAGGCCAGCGCCUCCGUCUCCUCCCAGAACUCCCGCCGGAACCUCAUCCUCCGCAACGACCCCAUGAUGUCCUUCACCGCCGCCCAGCCCAGCCAGGGCGGCCCGGGCCACGGGAGCCUCCUCCUGCACCAGGCCCAGAGCUCCCUGCUGACCGGCGGGAGGACGGGCCUCUCCGCCUCCAUCAACGGGGCUCUGGGGCUGGCCAACGACUCCAACAACCUGGUCUCCGUCAAGAGCCAGCUGCAGUCCUCCAGCGGGAACUCGGCCAUGCAGGUGGGCCCCUCGGACUCGUCGCUGUACUCCGGCCUCAACGGCGGCCAGGACAAGUUCCCCAGCGACCUGGACCUGGACAUGUUCAACGGGAGCCUGGAGUGCGACAUGGACUCCAUCAUCCGCAGCGAGCUGAUGGACGCCGACGGGCUGGACUUCAACUUCGACACGCUCAUCUCCGCGCAGAACGUGGUCAACCUCAACGUGGGCAGCUUCGCCAACCCCAAGCAGACCUCCCAGAGCUGGGUGCCCGGCUGAGAGCUGGGGGGAGGGGGUGGGGCGCAGGGAGGGAGGGGCAAAGCAGAUCCCAACUGUGAUGCAAGACCCCACCACGACGUCCUUUUGCCAAACCAGCGAACGCAGCAUGACGUGCGGAACGACGGCCCCGUUUUUUCAGCAGGAGAACCUCCCCCGAGAACCGGACACACACACAGCGUCACCGCAAAAACUGACGGGCACAGAUCCAAGAACAUUCGCUUCAGCUUUCCUGGAGUUCCCUACUGACAGACAGCAGCAAAACAAACAUGACACACAAAAAAAAGAAAACGACAAGAAUGAACUCGUUUGAAAAUUAUGCAAUCUUGUUUUCAGAAAUAACAUGUAAUAAACCACGCAUAGGUAUCAGAAAGUUAUAGUGUUCUUUAAAAAAGGAAAAGAGGAAAAAAGAAAAAAAAAAGCUUGUGAGUAUAGUGUAGCCUUUUACAGUACAGUAGUUUCUGUAAAGACGUGAUGUGGUGUUCUCUCAUACAGUGGUUUUCUGGGAUGUUUUCAUCAUUUGAAUAUCUUCCUCGUUUUUCCUCCACGCUUUUAAUGUUUUAAUGUUGUCACUGUUUCACAUUUGACCUCUGACCUUAUUUUCUCCCGCCCGCCCCCCACUAUAUCCUGCUGCCACAGUUUUGUUUUUUGAAAGCAGAGUGGCCUCAGUCUGGAAAAUCUUAUGAGGAAUCGCCUCAUUUCUAGACUGGAACCCAAGAAAAGGGGUAUAAAUUGUAUGUAAUUCGGUGUACUCCAGUUUGUUUGUUGUUAGUUCUUUUUCGUAGCCUUACUAAACUUUUUUAUUGCUUUAACCCCCUAUCCAAUUUUAAAUCAUAUUAUUCCCCCCUUCCCUGCCCCCCCCCCC